GCUCAUCUCUGGCCAGGGACAAAGCCGGGCGCGGGGACCGACAGGACCUGGAGGAGGCGAGAGAGCGAAGGCAGCGAGUGAAGGAGGACCCCGGCAGGCGACAGCAUGAAAUUCAGCCCAGCGCAGUACUUGCUGCCUCUCCUGCCGGCGCUGGUCCUUAGCACCAGACAGGACUAUGAAGAGCUAGAAAAACAGCUGAAAGAAGUAUUUAAGGAACGAAGCACCAUCCUCCGUCAGCUAACAAAGACAUCAAGAGAACUUGAUGGAAUUAAAGUCAACCUUCAGUCUUUGAAAAAUGAUGAGCAAUCCGCCAAAACUGAUGUUCAGAAGCUUUUGGAAUUAGGCCAGAAACAAAGAGAAGAAAUGAAGUCUCUCCAGGAGGCCCUUCAAAAUCAACUUAAAGAGACAUCUGAGAAAGCAGAAAAACACCAGGCUACUAUUAAUUUUUUAAAGACAGAAAUGGAAAGAAAGAGCAAAAUGAUCAGAGAUCUCCAGAAUGAGGCUCAACAGCUUACUGAUCUGGAGCAAAAAUUGGCUGUAGCUAAAAAUGAAUUGGAGAAAGCAGCUCUUGAUAGGGAAUCACAGAUGAAAGCAAUGAAGGAGACAGUACAACUCUGCCUGACCUCUGUUUUUCGUGACCAACCAGCCCCUUUGAGUUUAAUCACAUCAAAUCCAACUCAGACUUUCCUUCCACCAAGGACAAUUGACUCUAAGAUUCAAGACCCAAUGACAAAAAACAAGCCUCAACAAAGUGUGCCUGGAAACAACGAGGGAUCUAAAGUCGAGUCAAGAAAGGAAGAAAAUCCAAGUACCACUGAGUUUGAUUCUCAAAAGGAGGGCAAAACUUGCUCAAUGAAGCACAAAGAAAGCCCCCCAAACAACACUAGGGAAGACUCAGAGCCUGCCACACAGAAAUUGCAAGUAUCUGCUUGUCCUGAAUGUGAGGUGAAAAAAUCAAUGGAAAAAAAAUUGAUCAACUUUGAAGAGAUGGCAACUAGAGAAGAAAAAAUACUGUAA